UCCCGUCUCUCGCCCCGCCCCGUGUCUCUCGGCGCAUCGCUUGCCCCUCCCACUCCUCACUUGCCCCUCCCUCUCUCGGCAGCAGGUAGUGAUCUCCGUACAGGGACAGCGAGAGGAUGGGGUCGGCUGCGUUGCUGUGUCUGCUGCUGGCGACUCUGCCCUGUCUGCUGGAGGGUCGGGUGGUGCCCGCGGCUGAGGAAGGUUUUGCCGAGUGCAACGAGUUCUUCUACCAGGGAAGCCCACCCCAGGGAUUCGGCGACCCUUCCAACGCCAAGAUCUGCCAGAAACACAAUGGGGACAAGCACUUCGCGACUCUGUACAGCACCAAGGACAAGAUCCCCGUCUAUUCCGCAUUCGCCUAUAGAGAGGCUGCUGCUGCCAGUGCUGGGGGGGACUGGCUCAUUGAGCCCCAGCUGGAUGAUACAGGGAGCAGUCGGGAUGAAGGUACCAGCACCGCUGACACCUCCAACCCAAUUGAAAACCUUGGUACAAACCAGGCCUUGGAAGGAGAUUAUGCCACUUCAGAUUACCAGCCUGGACCACUAUUUCAUCAAGCUCCGAAUGCCCUCACUAAUAGUGUUCCUCUGACCAAGACCUUUCUGGAUAAAUGGGCAGCGGACGUUGAUCAGCUUGUUAAUGAACGUUUGCUCCCUCACUGCGGCAACGGAGCGUUCUUACAUCUCAUUGUGGGAGCUGUACCUUCUGAUGUGAAAAUAAAUUACAAAGUGUCAGUUCCAGGGGCCGUGUGGCUUGCCGCUUGCUGCAGCGACCCCGAGGCUUGGUCAAUGGGGAUCAUCAAGAGAACUGCAGAUGCAGACAACAUCGAGGAUGUGAGUGUGGAAGAACUGGAGAAGAAACUUCUCGGAGGAGCAAAAUUGUUCUCCAGCCAGUGUGGAGGUGGAGCUGGCCAUCCCAAGCAGAAAGAGGACUCGGAAGCCCUCACAGAUGCAGAACCCCAAGCUAAAGCCUCUGGACCCUUUUUUAGAUUUAUUCAGUUCCUUGUGUGCAUUGUGUAUGAAAUAGUGAAAAGUCUGUUGUGUCUGGUGUGGUUCCUUGUCAAACAGAUCUGUAACCUGGUGUUUGGAAGAGUUUACUGGAUCUGGACCGCAGUCACCACCUAUAUGUUUGCAUUAUGCAAAGUUCUCUUCAACAUUCCAUGUGAUGUUCUCCGGGUGUUUGGCAAUGUUAUCUGUGGCUUGGUGCAGAUCCUUAACAAUAUCUGUUCCGUGGUGUGUCUCAUAUUGAGGAUACCAAUGAGGUUCCUUAGUGACAUGGCCAGCUUCCCGUACUAUACUCUCUGUGCCAUUCCCAAUGUUGGCUUAGACAUCUUGGGUGGCAUCUGGGGUGUCUUCGCAUUAGGCUUCACGGCAGUGUUUGGGGCUUUUGGUGGAUCAUUCUCAGUUGCAUCAUUUGCAGGCAGCAGCUUUUUCCAGAGGUUUGUAGGACAGUCUGAGGGAUACGAAGCCUGAUCUGGGAUAGGGAUCAGAAUUCAGCCAAUAACGUUGACUGGCACUUUACUGAGUCGUUUGUAUUUCCCGUGGGAUCCAUACCUUUUGUUUUUGUCAUAUAGAUCUUACCUUUUGUAUCCACGAAAAUCUCUUUAAAUGGGACGCUGGCUUUGCGUAUGGGCAGCUGCUUUGGCUCUUAUCCAUCUGGGUUAUGGUGAUUUGGGAAUUCUUGUUUUGGAGGUGUUUAUUGGGGCACUUUGGCUAAACCACUAGAAACAAUAAACUCUACAUUUGGUGAGGUUGUGUUUAAGGGCAAAGCGGGUAUUUUUUUUCCUUUUCAUGAACUCGUCAGUAAAUGUCCCAAUGCAGAACAACCCAGACACAGAUGUCUCCAGACCUUCCACAUCAGCAGCUUAUUAGCAGAAAAGCAAAAUAUUGAAUUGUGCGCCCAUUAGAGCUUAUUGAAUGGAUUCAGUUUAGAGAGCGUUCAAGUCUAAAUAUAAGAAAUCAAUGACUUUCUAGGUUCCUUGUUGAUGCCAGGGAUUGGAUCACAUAUCUCACAAGAGAAAUGGUUAUCCAGAAUAAAGCUGUGCCAUAGUGCUGGCUAAUCCACAGGCCCCCGCAAAGUCAUAGAGCCCAUGGCACACGGAGGGCAAAGCAGAUAUAGACACCAGCUCUGGAUGUGUCCCUUUUUUCUAUCUGGUAGACCCAGCCUAUUGUAUAAUAAGGGUUUGGGAUUCAUUCUGCCUGAGUUAUUAUCCAUUGAAGUUAGAACCCCUAUUCCAUUGAGCAUUCCUGUAGAAAUUGUAUAGUACAUACCGUAUAUACUCGAGUAUAAGCCGUCCUGAGUAUAAGCCGAGGUACCUAAUUUUACCUCCAAAAACUGGGAAAGCUUAUUGACUCGAGUAUAAGCCUAGGGUGAGAAAUGCAGCAGCUUCU